AUGGACACCUGGUCAGAAACUCAUCAAGUUGUCAUCCCUUUGUCGGUAAGACCGGCUAUUAUUGAACUAGCUCAUGAUGGAGUGUCAGGUCAUCUUGGCAUCCAAAAAACUUAUAAGAAAGUUCUUCACCAUUUUUUCUGGCCAGGUAUUAAAAAGGAUGUGUCAAAAUUUGUUAAAACUUGUCAUAUAUGUCAGCUUGUAGGUAAGCCAAAUGAAUGUAUU